UCUCGGACGCAGCGGCCGUCGCUGCGCCGAGUGGGAGGAGAGCGCGCAGGGGCGAGCUGUCAUUAACCAGGGACUUUAAACAGACGCAGAAACAAAACAAUAACAGAUCGCGCUGUCACGCAACGCCCAGUAAGCCAGGAUUCAGGGACGUCAGGCACCAUGGCGGGAGCAGAGGUGGAAGGCCCCGCCAAUCCCACGUGCAAAAUCAUGACCUUUCGGCCCACCGCAGAGGAGUUCAAGGACUUCAAUCAGUACCUGGUCUACAUGGAGUCCCAGGGAGCCCACCGUGCCGGCCUGGCCAAGGUGAUCCCACCCAAGGGCUGGAAGCCCCGGCGCAGUUAUGACGACAUUGAUGACCUGGUGAUCCAAGCGCCCAUUCAGCAGAUGGUGGCAGGCCAGUCAGGCCUCUUCACGCAGUACAACAUCCAGAAGAAGCCCUUGAGUGUGCAGGAGUUCCGCAGGCUGGCCAACAGCGACAAGUACUGCACACCCCGGUACCUGAACUACGAAGACCUAGAGAGGAAAUACUGGAAGAACCUGACAUUUGUGUCUCCCAUCUACGGGGCGGACGUGAACGGCAGCCUGUAUGAUGAAGGAGUGGAGGAGUGGAACAUCGCUCACUUGAACUCCAUCCUUGACCUGAUCGAGGAGGACUGCGGAGUCUCCAUUCAGGGAGUCAACACCCCGUACCUUUAUUUCGGCAUGUGGAAAACCAGCUUUUCCUGGCACACGGAGGAUAUGGAUCUCUACAGCAUCAAUUACCUCCACUUCGGAGAGCCAAAAUCAUGGUAUGCCAUUCCUCCAGAGCAUGGGAAGCGGCUGGAACGUCUCGCCAUUGGAUUCUUCCCAAACAGCUUCAAGAGCUGCGAGGCCUUCCUGCGUCACAAGAUGACCCUGAUUUCUCCCUCCAUACUGAAGAAGUACAGCAUUCCCUUUGACAAGAUCACCCAGGAGGCCGGCGAGUUCAUGAUCACCUUCCCCUAUGGCUACCACGCUGGCUUCAAUCACGGCUUCAACUGUGCUGAGUCCACCAACUUUGCCAGCCUGCGCUGGAUCGACUAUGGCAAAGUAGCCACCCAGUGCACCUGCAGCAAGGACAUGGUGAAGAUCUCCAUGGACCCCUUUGUGCGCCGCUUCCAGCCAGACCGGUACCAGUUGUGGAAGCAGGGCAAGGACGUGUGCACCAUCGACCACACCCGGCCCACCCCCAGCUCCACGCCCGAGCUGCAGAGCUGGCUCCACCGCCGCAAGAGACCCAGACCCCCUAGCAGAAGCAGCCUCCAUCACCCAAGAACGCGCUCAAAAAAGCUGAAGACGGAGACAUCUGAGAAGCCUUUGGCCCUGGAACAAUCAGCAGGUCGAGCUGAGACAACACCUGGCUCCAGGUCCAGGAAGGAGUUGAGGAGAACAGCAUCCAGGAGGGCAGAGUCAUCAGACAAAGGGAUGGAAGGUUCUGAACACACGCAAAAGGAAGCCAAGCUCCAUGAUGCAACACUGUGCUCAGGGGAUGGCCAAAUGACAAAAAGCAGGAAGGUGCGUGCUGCCAGUGCGAACAGAGAGAAUAGUGACCAGUCUGCGGCUGCUGUUGAGGCUUCUGGAGAUUGUUCCAGUUCACUGGAAGAGGUGAAGACUGAACUGGAUAAUCUGCCCACUGCUGAGGAGAUAGAGGAUCAGAGUGAAUCUCAGGGACCCUGUCUUUCAGAGAAGCUGGAGCAGCCACCUCCUUCUGCAGAAGACACAGGUCCCCAGAGCACAAACUUGUGUAAGAAGCCCGACUGUAUGUCCACUGGGUCGACCAUCGUGCCAUCCAGUGACGACUUCAGCGACGUGUCAGCAAGCUCUCUCAGGACGGUUCAGUCUGACCCAGUCAUGGAUACCAUACCGGUUCCUUCUUGUUCCUCCAAGGACGAAAAUGCAAAGUUUCCAACGCUUGGCACUAACACUGAAAUAGCUGUGUCUACUGUUGAUGAGACACUGCAGACAAACACUGCGACAAAGCAUCCCACCUCUGUGUCAACAUGUGGCUAUAUCAGCUCUGCAGAGCUAACAGCAUCUCAAAAUGCCAAUGUGUGCAGUGAUGGUCAGAUGGCUGACUGCAGUGCCAUGUCUUCGAGUUCUGAAAACUGUCCCCCACCACUUCUGCACAGAAGCGAUCUGGGUCUCUAUGGGCUGGCCCCAAGCCUGGUUGUCCAGACAGCCAGCAGAGAGAUGCCGUCUCUAACCCCUGAACUCACAGAAGAGGAGGGGUGCUUCCCACCUGUAUUAACCCAGGAGAUGCCCUCCCUCACCCCAGCCAUUGGAGACCCUGUAGGCCCUCAGGACAGCCCUGCAGCACCAGUUCUCUACAGAGAAACAUCUCCCCCUCCAACAAGCAAACACAGGACAAACUCUCAGGUGGACAUACUUUAUAACUGCAGCCCUCACCAAUCACCUGAGGAACCUGGGGAACUCUCCUUGCCAUCUCCUGUAGACAAGUGUGGCUUUCAACCACCAGUAGCCCAGCCCACAGUAAGACCCACAGAGGUGAGUUCAGAGGCAGUUGCUGCUUCCAGCGUGCAUGAUGAUGAACUGCAGAUUCCUUCCAUCCCCCUGUUGAACAAAUUGGAUGCUGCUCAGACCAGCAGCUUUGUGCUAGAGCACCUUCCUUCUCCUAGCUCUGAAAAAAGACCCUUAAAUGUAGUAGCAAGUGUAGAGGAAACCAAUACAGGGAGCAAAACACUAAGAGAAAGCAAGUUCACAACCACACUCAUUCAGUCGAUGGGUCCUUUGAGCACCAAUCGCAUGGCCAGUCCUUUGGAGGAAGAGGCCAGUAACAAGAAACACACUCCUUUUCAAGACUUGACAGUCCAAAGUGGCGAUAGCCUUGGUACUGAGUCUCAGCAGCUCCCUUCGGGAAUCUGGGAACACUUGAACUGUCAGAGCCCAGCCGUCCUCAUUGAGAGCAUACACCCGGAGCAUGCAGUACUGGGCGUAGACCAGGCCACCAGUCACUUCGAUCUAAGCUCCCCCACCUGCAUGAUUUGGACUGAGACAGCAGCUCAAAACCUGGCCCGGAGCUCUGAGCAACAACCAAGUCUGGCACAGCUUGAGGACGCUCAGUCAUCAUCUAUACCACAGCCAGGCCUGACACUGGAGGACGCAGAGUCGGAGGCAGAGCUGAGUUCCUCACGGGAAGAGGACAGCAGCAGUGAGUCCAGCGAGGGGAAAGACUUGAGCGACAUGGAAUGUGAUGACACUGAGCUUGAGCCUGGCGAAGUUUGCACUUACCCCAACAGAGUGGUGAUCAAGGUGGGCAGAAAGAAGACCACCAAGAGCUGGCGCCACCCCUUGCGGAAGCCCACCGCUCGAGCUGUGCCCAGCGCUGUCAAGCAGCAGGCCGCCAGCGACGAGGAAAUGCCGGACAUCUCCUUAAUGGACGAGGAGGUGCAGGAGGCAGAACCUUGGGCCAAGCCACUUGUUCACCUUUGGCACAGCAAGAAGGCCAGCUUCUUCUCUGAGAGGGAGUACAAUGCCACAGCUGCCAAAACAGAGCCAUACUGUGCAAUCUGCACACUCUUCAUGCCUUACUAUCAGCCAGAAGACAAGCCCGAAGAGAGUCAGAGAGAGGCAGAAGCAGCCACAGGACCGAUGGAUGCCCCAAGCAGCCUCAGGACCAAGCCAUUGAUCCCAGAGAUCUGCUUUGCGUAUCGGGAGGAGUCCUGCCCACCCAAUACCCUGUUGGAAGAAGAUGGGUCCAGUCCCUUGAUCUCUUGCAGGAGGUGCUGUGUCCAGGUGCACGCAAGCUGUUACGGCGUCCUUGGUCAGGAUGUCCAGGGCAGCUGGUCAUGUGAUCGCUGUGUGAGCGGAGAGCUGACAGCUGAGUGCUGUCUGUGCAAUCUGAGGGGCGGAGCACUGAAGCGGACCACGGAAAACAAAUGGGCCCACGUCAUGUGCGCCAUAGCGCUGCCUGAGGUCAAGUUCGUCAACGAGACGGAGCGCAGCCCCAUCGACAUCAGCAGGAUCCCGCAACAGAGGUACAAGCUGAAGUGCAUUUACUGCCGCAAGAGGGUGAAGAAGGUGUCGGGCGCAUGCAUCCAGUGUUCCUGCGGACGAUGCCCAACCUCCUUCCAUGUGACAUGUGCUCACGCCGCUGGGGUAACGAUGGAGCCAGAUGACUGGCCAUAUGUGGUGUUCAUCACCUGUCACCGACAUCAGUCGCGGAGCUCCAGCACUAAAAGCAAAGCGUCCAAAAAAGACAUUUUGUUGGGACAGACAGUCAUCACAAAGCACAAAAACCUAAGAUACUACACCUCCCGAGUCACCGAGAUCACGUCUCAGACUUUCUAUGAGGUUAUGUUUGACGAUGGUUCAUUCAGCAAUGACACCUUCCCUGAAGACAUUGUGAGCAGAGACUGCGUUCAGCUUGGACCCCCCGAGGUCGGAGAGGCCGUGCAGGUCAAGUGGCCAGACGGACUCUUCUAUGGGGCCAAGUACCUGGGUUGCAACACCUCCUACAUGUACCAGGUGGAAUUUGAAGACGGAUCCCAGGUUUUAGCCAAACGAGAAGACGUUUACACUCUUGACGAAGAUUUACCCAAAAAAGUGAAAGGACGUCUUCUCACCCUGGGCUGCGGGGUCCAUUUCCCUUCACAGUCGACAGCCUCCAGCAUGCGGUUCCAAGACGCCUUCCACACACCCCUGAUUCCCGGCGAACAGAAGAAAAGACAACGGAUGCCCAACUCCCGCUUUCAGAACGACUACGUGGCUGACCUGGGCAGUCGCUUCAGUUCCAGGAGCUCCUCCGAGUCCCGGGGUAGCAGGGGAAAAUGAGAAUGUCCCAGAGGAGAGAGAGACGAGGCCUGGAUGUGGCACAGUAUCUGAUGGACUAAAUGAACCUAUUGAAUGGCUAUAAAUAAUAAUUUAAGGAAAAUUGAGUUUGUCUUCGCUAGAUGAUUACUCAUUGCUUUCACUUUUGUCAGGGAAGAAAAAUAGAUGUCUAUAUUUGUUGGAUAAUCUUUUUUAAGAAAGAAACAGUAAGCAUAAGAAGAAUGUUUUGUUUGUAUGUUUAAAUGAGACAAGGCAUUUUGUAAAACUCUCUAGCACUACACCCACUCCCAGUCCUCGUUUUACUGAAGUUUGAUUUACUACAUAAGAGUAUGUAGCUUUAGUUUUAUAUUGAGAAAGAGUUUUGAUUUUGGUUUCCCCUUGCAUGUUGAGCAUUACCACUACUGUUUAUUUCCUCUUUUGAGGAAUCGAUUAAUGUGUAAAACUGAAAGAUGCUUAGUUGGUCUGUUGGAGGAAAAAAUGCAUCAUUU